AUGAUCCCGUGGGGCCUGCUGGCCCUCGUCGGUGCGAUUUGGUCCCUUGUGGCCCUGGCAUAUCCCGAUCCCUCGAGUUCCGGCAACGCGCCCGAUCAUGGCAGCCUCAUCAACUACAGUGACCCCGAUCCGCUGUGGGAGAAGUAUGGCCUGAACAAGUCGGAGGAAUUCAAGUAUUUCCAUGAGCCGGGGCACGACGACAUCUUGGGUCACUACGAUACGCGAUUCUUCACCACCCCCGUUCCCGACGAGGAGCGAUCGCGGACCCUCACCUACAUGAUUCGAGCAUACCUGAACUUCUUCGAGGACCACGGGCUGGAAACGUGGAUCGCACAUGGAACUCUAUUAGGAUGGUGGUGGAACGGCAAGAUCAUGCCCUGGGAUUGGGAUAUCGACACCCAAGUCCCGGACACCACCCUGCUCUACCUCGCCGAUCACUACAACCAGACCAUCGUGCAGUACUCUCCCGAUGAUUCCGACGUGCAGCGCAAAUACCUGCUCGACGUCAACCCUUGGGCGCGACAACGCGAACGUGGCAAGGGACUGAACAUCAUCGAUGCGCGGUGGAUCGACAUGCGAACGGGGCUGUACAUUGAUAUCACAGGGUUGAGCAAACUCGACCCGGAACGCCCGGAUAUGUGGCAGUGCAAGAACAACCACAAAUACGAGUUGACGGAUAUCUACCCCCUUCGCCGGACGACCUUCGAGGGAGUCGUGGCGCGGGUGCCGUUCCAGUAUGAUUCCGUGCUGGUCGAGGAAUACAGCCAGAAGGCCCUGAUCUCGACGCAUUUCCACAAUCAUACGUGGCACCCUGAACUCGAAGAGUGGCUUCCCGGCUCUCCGGACCCCGAAGAAGAUGACGGCCGGCAGUACGAGUAA